CUGAGGAAUAACAGACCAGAGAGAAUCCAGACAUGACACCAAUGAUGAAUAAUUACUAUUUUCAACAUCAGUUUCCUGUAAAGCCAAUCUUUUACCCAACCCCUCCAUACAUGAGCAUUAGGAGGGAUGGGAUCGAAGUGGUCCGGUUUCCUGUGAGGAGCCGCAAAUUGAUGGAUAUGAUCAAAAAAUUUGAUCCAAAUGAUAUCACACAUAUUGAAGAUAGCCGUUUCCUUGAACGUUUCUCAAAUGAUGCCACCUCCAUUCAAGAUACUUCACAUAAAUAUUUUGUCAUAAGUGGUGAAAGUGUGCGGGCAAAGUCGAUGCAGCAAUCUAACACAGCACCAAAAUUCAAGAUCACUUUCCAAGAGCCAAGAGAAAACAGGUGUGUUAUCACCCUACAAGUCAAAGACAAGGACCUGUAUCUAUCAUAUAAACCUAACCCAGACAAGCAGCUCAAAGUGUUGCCAUUAGGACAGAAGAGUCUUGAUUUCGAUGAGACCAAAGAGUUUUUCUUCUACCUCAGUAAUGUCAACAGCAAAGAGUAUUCAAUCGAGUCAGCGGAGCAACCGGGCUGUUUCAUUACCACCUAUCCUGAUGAGAACGUCCAUGUCACGGUGGAGCCUGCCUCCAACACUCUCCGCAAAGAGUUAAAAUUUGAUACAAAUACGUUACGUUGUAACAGUACAUUACGUGGUAACAUUAUGCGCAGACCGAACAGAGUGAGAAAAUACAGAGAUGAUGCCUUUUACUGGUACAAUGACAGACCCUUCCAGGACAAAUUCCAGUCCAUUCUAGCCCGAGGUGACUAUAUCAUGGACACAACUUCCCUGGCGCUGGACAGAUCAUACAGAUGGCCCAGACAGGACAAUCUCUACCAGAGCUACCAACUGGGCUGGAGAUGCAUGUAAAAG